GAUAGAUUUUUUCGAGUAUUAGACAAAAACUUCGGCUUUACUGCCACUGACGAUCAGCGCAAAAUCCUAAUUGAGAAAUAUGGAAAUGGUUCUUGCAUUAAUUGGAGAGAAUUCGUUAAGCGUAUCGAUCCGCAAAUAAACGAGAAAGAUGUUUCUAUCUUUCCUCAAGACCAGCUGGACAAAUUUGACAAAAACCAGUAUAUUUGUGCUGAUGAUAAUUCAUUACCAAAACAGGAAGCGUUUAGGCCUGUUAUAUCCCGUAUUAAUCAGUUCGUUAAAGGCCGAGGUAUUGAUCUGCAUGAGUGUUAUAGGGACUUUGACAUAUUAAACUGCGGGAGAAUUAGUGAGAGUCAGGUAAGGAUUGCGUUUUGUGAGACCUUUAAGUUCUACCGAAAUUUUCCUGGUCCACCUGAUAUAACUGAUGCGGAAAUAUGCGCUCUUGCGAAGCAAUACUCAAUACCGAAAUAUCCAGGAAUGGUCGAUUAUCGAAAUUUUGCAAAUGACGUGGCUAAAAUUGACGUUGAAGAAGAAAUAGCAAAGCACGGAACCCCAAACCGGGAAACUGUUUCAGACCGCCAGUUAAACAAUACGGACUUGCAAACUCCUUCUGUCCACCAAGUUUUGGAGCGCAUCGGUUUCGCCGUCUACAGACGUGGAAUACGUGUGCAGGAUUUUUUCGUUGACUUUGAUCCCUUGAGACAUGACGAAGUCACGGAGAAUCAAUUCAAAUUGGCCCUAGAUAGAGCUCUUGGCGCAGAAGUCCAGCCAACAGAUGCUCAGAAACUUUUUAAUUUCUUUCGUUCCAAGAAAAACAGUGACAUGAUUGCGUAUCGCCAAUUUUGCAAAGAAGUAGACUUUUACUUUCAGGAAAUGGAUUUGGAGAAACGACCUCUUGUGCAGCCGCAAAGGCCCUACCCUGGAGCGCUUUCUCGACCGUUACCUCUUUUGGGGGAAGAGGAGCGAAUGAAGCUGUCAGAAGUUAUUACUAGGUUAAAGGAAAAGAUACGCAGAGAACGGAUUCCCACAUACCAGUACUUCCGCGACUACGACGCCGGCACUGCACUGACUCGAAAAAUAACUCCUUCGCAAUUAGCCCGUCUGUUGCAUUUUCUCAAACUGGAAGUUUCUCCAGAGGAGUGUCGCCUUUUAAGCCUCAAAUUUGCUGAUCCAACGGCUAAUUACGUGAACUACGCAGCGCUCUGUGAAGCCAUCGAUCCUUUCUUCAAGGCAGCAGCGCCAGUACCACAAGCCAUUGAGGAUCCACCUCCUGUUUUACCGAAGCCUAGAAUUGGUGAAGCUCCAAAAACGCCUCAAGCAACGGAUUGGGCGGCACUUUCGACGCCUAGGACGACUUCAGCCGGAGACGAUGUUCCAGUAGAUUUGUUGAUGACUCGCAUUUGUCACCUCGUCCUAGUUAAUCGCAUUCAAUUGACCAGUUUCUUUGAGGACUUUGAUCCGCUUCACUGUGGACGAAUUAGCAGAACGCAGUUUGCUCGGGCGCUUUCAGGUGCUGGUUUAACGCGUACUGGUCUGCACAACCUCACACCUAUCCAACUCAACAAAUUGGCUGACGCCUAUGUGUGGCCAAACGAUACGGCCAAAGUGGAUUGGCGAAGGUUUGUUGGUGAUGUCAAUAGAGUCUUCACUCUGCCUGAAAUCGAGCAAAAUCCACGACUCCGUGUUUCGCCGCUGUCGGUGCAUGUGGUCCCCACACCAGGCACGGGGGAUUGGGACUCGGCUACGGACGAAAUGAAGGAGCGCUAUGAAUGUGCUAUGCAGAAUUUGCGUCGGAACAUCCUUGAACGUCGCGUUGACAUGAAACCGAUGUUUAAGGCCUUUUCCAAAGUGAAUAGGGGCCAUGUGAGCCUACACAACCUCAAGCAAAUAAUUUCAAGCCUCAACUUUCGCAUUCCUGAUGACCAACUCGACGCGAUAGCCUCAAAAUAUGCUGAUGAUGAAGGCUUUAAUUAUUGGAGGUUCCUAGCAGCCCUAGAACCACCCUCCAAGGAGUCGCUCCACUAUGAGUACCCUCUUCGAAUUGCUCGCAUCCGCGAAGCAUUCAAUAAAGCUGGCAAGGCACCGGAGAAUGAACCGAUCAUUCACGACGUGGAGGGAAUCAUGGACUCCGUCAAACGUGAGGUCUACCAACAGCGCAUUCGAUUGUCCGAGUGGCUCCGCGACUAUGAUCCCCUGAGGCACGGACACAUCUCGCGACAGAGGUUCCGCAGAGCACUAUCUCUUCUCCCAAUCUCACUCAAGGAGACAGAAUUGAGCUGCAUUGAAAGCUAUUUUAAGGCGAACGAUGAGAAUGAAAUACGAUGGAAGGACUUUUGUGACGAAAUUGAGCAAGUAUUUGCCACACCUCGACUUGAUAAGGACCCUCUGAAGGAGGCGGAGGUCUACAAACCGGAGUCUGUGGUUUCGAGGAAUUGUCUGUCCAUUGAAAUGGCCGAGGCUGCUAAUCGAGCAAUGGAAAAAAUCAGCAAAUUGGUUCGUGCAAAAAGAACCCAAUUGACUCAGUGGUUUCGUGACUUCGACAAGACUCACCGAAUGACCUUGAGUGAGAGUCAAUUUCAAAGGGUUUUGACAAAUCUUGGUGUUGCAACUGACGUCUCCAAGGAGGAGUGGAAUGCUAUCAUUGCACGCUAUCGACAUCCAGUCGGCCUCAUCGACGACAUUGACUAUCUUGCAUUUUCCGACGACAUUUACAAACUAGCAGGAAUGGAGCAUCGAACCCCCUAG